AUGACAAAAACAUCCAUAGUCGCCCUCUCAGGGCCCUCCUCAAGCGGGAAGACUACCCUCGCCCGCCUUCUUCAGCGCAUCUUCUCCAACCAUCCAGAGCAGCAGAUAUCAACGUUUAUAAUCCACGAAGAUGACUUUUACCACCCUGAUGACAAAAUCCCCUACACAACAACCCCCUCGGGGACCCCAAUCCAAGAUUGGGACUGCCUUGAGGCACUGGACAUCAAUUUUUUAAACUCGGCACUCCGUUACGUCCACGAACACGGACAUCUCCCACCCCGACUGCGCUCGAAGGAAGACCUAAAUGAUGUUUCUCCUGGCUCGGGCGUUGCAGAGGCCCUUGUUGAGGAGCUGAGGGCCCAUGUCUCUGGGCGGGCUGGGGAGAUCUUAUCUUCUUCAUCUUCACAUCCUGUAACGCUAGCGAUUUUGGAAGGAUUCCUCCUGUAUGCGCCUCCGCGGACCGAAAAUGGAGGAGAACGGCAUGGCCUGCGCGGUGUACAUGACCAAAUCGAUGUGCGGUUUUUUCUGCCCGCACCGUAUGAUCUUGUUAAGGAGCGGAGGGAGAAGAGGAGUGGGUAUGUGACUAUUGGGCCCGCGCCAGGGCCGGAACUACCACAGAGGUCAUCAGCCUCGGCCUCGGAUGAUGGGAAAGGUGGCGAGGAGGUGGAUUUGGAGGAGGAGGAUGAUCGGCCACCGCAGAAUUUCUGGACGGACCCGCCGGGUUAUGUGGAUGAUAUUGUUUGGCCGCGUUAUGUGAGGGACCAUGCGUGGUUGUUGCUUCCGGAAGAGGAAGGGACGGGAUUGGAGCCUCUGUCUUCAACUGCUAAUACAGACGAUCUGGUUAAAAGGGUUGGUCAGGGCAUCAACGUGAGGGCGGACGCUGGAGUCACUGUUGCUCCAGGCCAGGGUGCUCUCCCAAUGCCAGAUUUGUUGAAGUGGGCAGUUGAAAAGGUAUUGAAUCAUCUGGAACAGAGAAACAAGACUCGGUAA